AAACUCGAGAGGCAUCGUUUGACGCGAUGCUUACGUGUCAUUUUGUCGUUAUGGGUUGCCAAAAGCAGAGCUCACUCGCUCGUGCGUGGUCGCUUUAAUACCCAGUGGUCUGCAAGAAACAGUACAGCUAAGCUCACAGCUCAAAAGCUCAAACUCCAAGCUCAGUGUGUGGUCUUGUAUCGCUUUUCAGUGAAGAGAAGGGUCAGAUCGGGCGAGCCAGAGAUAUGGGUUGGGCUUCGUUGUUACUAUUUUUGUCGGUGGCGGUGUUAUGUCAGAGAGCAAGUUCAAUUGGAGCUAACUGGGGCACACAGGCGUCGCACCCUCUUCCACCGGACAUAGUUGUGCGGAUGCUAAGAGAGAAUGGUAUUCAGAAAGUGAAACUCUUUGACGCAGAAUACGACACUCUCAGAGCUUUGGGCAAAUCCGGUAUAGAGGUUAUGGUCGGUAUUCCCAAUGAGAUGCUUGCUUCUCUCGCCUCUAGCCUCAAAGCCGCUGAGAAAUGGGUUGCUAAAAAUGUCUCAGUUCACAUCUCCACCGAUAAAGUUAACAUCAGAUAUGUGGCUGUGGGUAAUGAACCUUUCUUGUCGACUUAUAACGGGAGCUAUCUGAGUACUACUUUCCCUGCGUUGAGGAACAUCCAAAUUGCAAUUAUAAAAGCUGGUCUGCAGAACCAAGUGAAGGUCACAUGUCCCUUGAACGCUGAUGUCUAUGAAAGCUCCACCACUUUCCCUUCUGGAGGUGAUUUCAGAGCUAAUAUUCGUGAUCUCAUGAUCACUAUAGUCAAGUUCUUGAGCGAAAAUGGAGGCCCUUUUACUGUUAACAUCUAUCCCUUCAUCAGUCUUUACAAUGACGCCAACUUCCCAGUGGAUUACGCUUUCUUUGAUGGAAACUCACAGCCGGUGAGUGAUGGUGGGACUUACUAUUACAACAUGUUUGAUGCAAAUUAUGACACUCUAGUGCAUGCUCUGGAGAAGAAUGGGUUUGGUAACAUGCCUAUCAUAAUUGGGGAGAUUGGUUGGCCUACUGAUGGAGACAAGAAUGCGAACUUGGACUAUGCUAGGAAGUUCAACCAAGGCUUCAUGGCCCAUAUCUCAGGUGGGAAAGGGACUCCGAGGAGGCCUGGUCCUAUCGAUGCAUACCUGUUCAGCUUGAUAGAUGAGGAUGCUAAAAGUGUUCAGCCGGGGUACUUUGAGCGACACUGGGGGAUAUUCACAUUUGAUGGGUUACCUAAAUACGCCUUGAACCUAGGGACAACCAACACAGGAGCUCUGAUCCAGGCCAAAGGAGUACGUUACCAACAGAGGAAAUGGUGUGUGAUGAAGCCAAACGUGAAGCUGGAUGAUCCACAGGUGGCUCCCAGCGUGAGCUUUGCAUGUAGCCGUGGGGACUGCACCAGUCUCGGGAUUGGGACGUCCUGUGCGGAUCUGGACGGGAAGCAAAAUAUAUCGUAUGCAUUCAACAGUUACUUUCAGAUAAAUGACCAGCUUGAUACAGCUUGUAAGUUUCCAAACAUAUCAGAGGUGACCAAGACGGAUCCUUCAAGUGGAACCUGCAGAUUUCCGAUUAUGAUAGAGCCAUAUUACGGUGGGGCUUCCCGGGAACACAGGUUCUUCUUUCCACUACUGAUGGCUGCUGCCAUCGCGCUCUCUAUUUUUUGAAGGGUUUGGUCUUGUCAAUUUGUAAUUCUGUGUGAUGGCUUGAACUCUAUUAUCUUCUUCUUCUUCUUCUUCUUGAAUUCUUCUACUUUCUUUUGCCAGACCAAAUGAUUAUUAGAGCAGUUUUCAGAGAACAAACUAACCUUAUUAUGGUAAGUAUUUAGCCGUUUUGAUA